ACAGUUUAUAAUUUAUAGUAAUAACCUCAAAAACAAAAUAAAAACAUUUCAUUUCAUAGUUGUGAUAAUUUAAAAAAUGAAUACAUUAAAAUAUUUUAAACCACUCCAACGACAUCUGAUAUCCUCGAUCAGAUUUCCUGCGGCAGAAUAUUCAACACAUCAUAUAAAGUACAUGGAAAUUCAGGAUAGAUGGAGAGAAAAAGACGGUCUUUCAAAAAGAUGGAAGUUGAUAUACAAAAGCCCUAUGGAUUUAACAUUAAACUACUUAACAACUUUCUUGACCGUUUCCACUGGAGCUGUAACUGCUGGAGGGGUUUAUUAUAUUGCGAAUUUCGACAUGGCUGAUAUUGACAAACCUCUAUUGCUUGGAGGUGAUGUGGUCAUUGCCAACACUCCCGUUGAAGCACUCAUAUACUUGGGAGCAUACAUAUUUUUUCAUGCAUCACUUAAAAUUCUAUUGUCUCGAUUUGUUAUUCGCAUGUACCAAGAUGGCGACAACUACAUGGCAGUGUUCAAGGGCCACAUGUACAAUAAAAUAAAAUUACAUGAAUUUCACUUGAAAGAUUUCAAGAGAUUGAACCCGCCGUGGGUGGUGUCUUGGGGAGAUGGCAGAUUUUCUCUCGGCAACAAGCAUGCAAUCAUAUUGGAGAACUACUUUAAAACACCAGAACAUUUUAAUUACUUGUUGUACAAGAAGAAAAUUGAUAAUGAUGAUGAUUAGAUUAAGGUUAAAUGAAGUCAUGUAAAUAAACUAAGUAGUAAUAACAA